AUGGCGACUCGGCUCAAGGAGAUCGUGAAGAAGUACGGCAAAGUAGCACUCGGAGUCCAUUUCUCCGUCUCCGGCGUCUCGAUUAGCGGAUUCUACAUCGCUAUCAAGAACAACGUCGAUGUCGAAUCGCUUUUGGAAAAGUACCAAAUCCCUUGGUUCUCUUCAAAGGAAAAACCUAACCCUAGCCUCGAUUUGAAACUGGAAGAUGAAGUUCUGGUGGGUUCGAGCGAGAACAAGACGAAACAGCUUGCCAAAUCUGCCGGAGGAGCUCUAGCUUUGGCGGUUCUGUGCAAUAAGGCGCUUUUUCCGAUUAGAGUCCCGAUUACAAUGGCCUUGACUCCUCCAAUCGCUAGAUUCCUCAGGCAGAGACAGAUCCUCAAAACCGGCCAAUGA